CUGGCUUUUACUGUAUAGAGCAGUCUCGCGAUUCUAUGCGCGUGUGUCAAUAGCGAAGGGUAGUUCUUUUUUCCCCCUUCAAGAGGGAGAGAGAGAGAAAGAAGAAGAGAAAAUAACGAAGACACGAAAAAUUCCCUCUAAAGUAAAGAAAGUCGGGUAAAGGUCCUGGUGACGACGACAACGAGAACGACGACGACGAGCCAAUGGCUUGUGCUCUGACUUAGGACGGAGGUCAACGAGCCGCGUUUAGUUGCAUUCCGGGAAAAUCAUCCCCCGGUUUUGACGUGGCAAUCGUUGGGAAUUCGUUGUGAGCCGGGGAAAAAAAGUUUGCCCUCGAGGUUACGGGGCCAAAGAUAUAAAGUGGGUGUUGCCGAAGUGACUUGUCUCGUGGUAAUACAACAUUAAUUGCUCGUUCUUUUUCUUUUUUUUUAUAUUAAAGAAAAGAGUGGAAAUUAUUUUUUUUUCCCCUUAAAAUCAUGGAUUUCGAGAGUCGAUUCUUCCCUCUUGAUAAUGAUGACGAUGACGAUGAUGAUAAUUUAGCUGGAAUGCGUGACAUCGCUCCAAUCGUAUCUCGGUACCUGGAGGGUUGAACCGAUGCCUCAUAAUGGGAGAAGAUGACGUUGGGAAGGGCAACUGUCAUCAUCAUCAUCCUGAAGAUUUUUCCUGCGCGUAACAUCGUCGUGGGUGAAGCGAAUCUUCAUACGAUUCCAAGUUGAGGGUGGUGGGAAACGGAUGAGAGCGGUUUCAUCCGUCGCGAAGAGCGAUGAGCGAUCUUCAGGCCACCCUCGAGUUCUCUCUCGAGCUUUGCAAGUUUUACAAUGUCGAUCUCUUUCAGCGCGGAUAUUAUCAAAUCAGAACUGCUCUCAGAGUUUCGCCAAAGCUGCCCAUCAAGGUUGAAGUUAAUCAAAUGCGAAAUCACUCGUUGGAAGCGCCGGGUACAAGCAAGCGUUUUCAGAUUUUCUAUCGGAACGAAGAGGUGACACUUGGCACGUCGGUCUUGUUUCGUGCGCACGUGCUCGUGCACAGUCACAAGAUCGAGGAGGUUCUCUCUCGUACCCACUUUAAUCUUGGAGUUGAGUUAUGGUUCAGCGAACCAACUCAACCCGGAAAUAUGGCAUGUGUAUCAUCGAGAGCCCUUCAAUUGAAUUUCGUUCCGACAAAGGGUCUGCACUAUCAUCUGCCGGUGUUGUUUGAUUAUUUUCAUCUUGCCGCUGUAUCAAUCACGAUUCACGCUUGUCUAGUGGCUCUCCAUCAGCCGUACAUAAAAAAAAGUAUUCUUCAUUACGUUCAAAGUUGCGCUCCAAGAGGUGGAAAACCAUGGGUCCAGGUUAAAUCGACACCAAAUGCUGAUAACAAUCUAUUCUUUGGAAAUAUAGAAACGACGACACGAUGUGUUGGAUCAGCGACGAGGAUUCAGCACGCGAAAUUAGUUCAGCAGGAAGUUACGAGAUUGCUCUUAGCGGCUCGCGAAUCUUUGCUCAAUGAUUUAGCUGAUCUUGCGAGGCUUCUUCCCACGUGGCAGCAAAGAACGUUGGAAGUUGCUCAGAAUACACACAAAGAAAUCACCAAGAAGAUCGAUACUGAAGAGGCUGACAUUGCACAGCUUUGCGCUCAAAAUAUCGUUCUUUGGCAACAUUUUUUGGAAGCUUUCUCAGGCAGAGAGGCUAUUCAUCAACAUCUGGCAAGAGUUCAUCAUCAAUUAAGGGUGAAGCGAUUCGCAGAGGGAUUUUUCGUCUCGGAAAAUCCUAGAACAUCGGCAGCGGGUUGCUACGACGCUAACUAUCAAUCUUAUCAAGCGGUUAGUGAGGCAGCCAGGAGAUCUCGUUAUUUAGCCGCUUUACCACCCUUACCAGUGCAUUGUCCCGAAUUGGACGGCGAUCUUCACACUCUGCCCUUGAUCUUCGAAGAUCAGUACGCCGACAUGCAGCAGAGGCACCGAAACAGUGUUUCCGACAUAGACGAUUGUAGUUGUGGCAUUAAUCAAAUGAUGGAUUCGCGAAACGUGAGUGUUUGGUCGCCGCGUAGUGACGGUGGAGUGGACAUUAAUUCGAUUCAAGCACGAUUUAUGUUGACGCCCUCGGCGCGACAUAGUAAAUCGCUGGAUCAAUUGGGACCGGAAAUAACGCCUCAACAACCGAGGACAUCGCCUAAAACCCUACCAAGAUCGGCGUCAACGCAACUCUUUCCAAGGCAACAGCGUGGCGUGAGAAAUAUCACACCGCCCACGAGUGUUCCAUCGCGAGGGCGAUCAAAAUCAUCAAUGUCCUCCUCGGGCGCAACACUUAUUCCACCAACACGCCAACAGGCUUGUUCCGCACCAAAUCCAUCGCUGGGCUCAACACCAAUUGCCACUCUUCCACGAGCAAAAUCAACUCAAAUGCUGGUGCCAAAUUCCUGUCAACAAUCGACAUCAAUCACUUCACUCUUGGCAGCGAUGUUCCCUGAAAUUCCCUCCGGCGAUCAUUUUCCUGGUUAUCGACCCUCAACAAAAUUGUACGAGCACAAUCUCACUGUACCGUCGUGCGUGGGAACUUUGGAUCUAGCGCAGCUCACCAGCUGUUUCAAUUCGAAUUCAAAGGCUGCCAAUUUCAUUGGCGACGGUACUCAUUCAUUAGACACGAGGCGAAUACGACUAGAACCAAGAAGUCAUCGACUCGCUCUACGUGCGCCAAAUUUGAGCGAUCAAAUUAUUUUCGCUCCUGUCAAAACGACGACCAAUGGUAAUAAUAGUUUUUUACCCGAGACACAAGGUCUCUGUACGGCAACUCUCGAUCGAGUUACGUAUCGCGAUCCGAGUAAAAAACACAGUCAACAAGCCAACAAGUAUCUUUCGAAUACAUUCGACAAUCGACGUUGUCACACCUCGAGAAAUAGGGAGUCUAACGAAAUUACCAACGGGACGAAUAAUCAUCUACUCACUGAUCCUGUCGACAAGAGAUCAACAUUCUAUGGAAAUGAAUCGUUGCCCUAUCGGACAAACGGUAUUAAUGGGAAAUUGAAGAAACCAAAGAGUACCGAACGACUCUUCGAUGAUUCAACUUCGAGGAAAGAGAAGACGGAGAGAAAUGGAAAAAGUACGAAGAAUGGAAAUUUGGAGCAUGAUGAUAAACAUAGACGAUUGGAGAAGAAUGUGGAAUCGGCGCAGGAGCAUUUUUACGAGGUGAUUGCGACAAAUUCGGAAGUGAAAACAGAACUUAGGGUGGAGACGAGAAAGAGGGAUAGACACAGUAGAAGGCCUCAUUCGGCGCCAACGAUUGAUGGUGACGAGAGAAAAAAGUGUAAUCAUCGAAAUCGGAAACCAGCUCCGCCACCACCUGGCUAUCAGGAUACGACGACAGCACCACCACCCCUGUCCAAACGCCCCACGUCAGUAUUAACCACCAGCGUUUUGGAAGUUGAAAAUAAUAACAAAAUCAUUCUCAAAGUUGAGCCCAUCAAAUCGCCAGUGGAACCACCAGUCGCGACCAAUAAUGGUACCACACCGUCUGACUCUUCAACCGCUGGUGCACCAUUGCCAAAUCUAAGAAGACUGAGGUGCGCCAGCGUGCCAGUUGCACAGAAUAAAAUGAUAGUACCAAGAAGUGCAGUAUCAUUACCCUGCAUGCCAAUACGCGACAGUAAGGACAGUUUACUGACAAAUAAUUUUCCAAUUAUUGAAAAUCCCCCAAGUCCACCGUCAUCGCGACCAAGUAGUCCAACGCCGAGUUCAAGUUCAAGUAAUUUAACUUCCGAAUGCUCCGGCUGGGUGAGCAGUGGCGAUACAUCGAGUUCAGAGCAUCGACGCGGUAAAAUAUCGAGUGAACAACUCCGGCAGAAACUCUCGAAAAUUAUUGCCCGCAAGGAUAAAUCGCCAAAGGAUACAAUUGUUGAGAAUUCAUAUGAGGAGGUGAGAUUACCGCCGCCAAAAAUGUUUCAAGACGAGCCACCGCCACCCGAGGAAUUUCGCGAUCCACCACAACCAAUUGACAAUCCACUUUAUCAUGUUUACGAGUCGGUGAAAAAGGCCCGAAGUCCAAAACAAAAUAAAACUGCUCCAUGCAGUCCGCAAAGGAAUAAGGACGGUUUCUAUAGUACGAGAGAUAUUUGUCUUGAUUGCUAUCAGGAGGGAAAGGAAUUGCUUCAGUCGACUCAGGACGAUUUUAUUAAUUUCAAAAAAUGCAAGGAGGAAUUCAAAAGGCAGAUGAGCUUCUCGGGAAAAAUUUAUAGUUUUAUCAGUUCACCAUCCUUUAGAGAACAUAUCGCUCCGCUGUUUCGUUUCCGUAAGCGCGCGCAUCGUCAUCAUCAUCAUCAUCUAAGACCAAUUGUGCCUCUUAGCGAUUAUCCAACACUGGCCUCGACGAUGCCGUAUUUCCACAUCCCCGAUGAAUAUCGAUUGCUAUCGCCCGAGGGACCACAUCUCAUUAUUUGCGUUCAUGGCCUCGAUGGGAAUGCAGCCGAUCUUCGUCUAGUCAAGACAUAUCUGGAAUUGGGACUUCCUGGGGCGCAUCUCGAUUUUCUCAUGUCCGAAAGAAACGAGGGGGAUACUUUCUCGGACUUUGAUACAAUGACCGAUCGUCUUGUGGGUGAGAUUCUUCACCAUAUUGAGAUUUCCGGCUUAAAUCCAACGAAAGUAAGCUUCAUUGGACAUUCUUUAGGGACCAUCAUUAUUCGAAGCGCUCUCACCCGUCCUCAGUUGAGACCACUUCUUUCUCGUUUGCAUACUUUUCUCAGUCUCAGUGGACCUCACUUAGGAACCCUCUACAAUACGAGCGGGCUCGUAAAUGCAGGAAUGUGGUUCAUGCAGAAGUGGAAAAAAUCCGGUUCCUUACUUCAAUUAGCAAUGAAAGAUGCCUCGGAUGUUAGGCGUUCGUUUAUGUUUCGUUUGAGUCAAAAGAGUAACUUGCAAAAAUUCAAGCAUGUACUGCUUUGUGGAAGUGCUCAGGAUCGUUAUGUGCCACUUCAUUCUGCACGUAUAGAACUUUGCAAGGCCGCUGUUCGAGAUCCCACUGAUCAGGGAGCUGCCUAUAGGGAAAUGGUGCACAAUAUUCUUUAUCCAAUAAUGUCAGCACAAGGAGUAAGUUUGGUGAGAUAUGACGUUCAUCAUGCUCUACCUCCAACGGCAAACGCCCUAAUUGGCAGAGCUGCGCACAUCGCCGUCCUCGAUUCAGAGCUCUUUAUCGAGAAGUUCUUCCUCGUGGCGGGUCUCAAAUAUUUUAGAUAAAAGAACGAAAAAAAUUUUUAGCAUUGAUGCUGGAAGGAGAAAAGAAUUUCUAUAUAGAAGAAAAUAAAUGAACAAAAAAUAAAGAGAAAUUAACUAAGGACAUGAAAAUUCCGUCGUCGACGCAUGCCUUGGGAAUAUCGCGAUAGUAAAAAUAGGUUUGUAUUUUUUUCAUUUUAUUUAUUUUCUUUUGCCAAGGCUCGUCCCACUGAGUAGGCUAGGAUAAAUAUUAGAUUAUGCCGUGUUCAUUAAAAAAGCUUCUCUUUUUGUCGUACAAAAAAAAAUAAUUGUAAUUUUUACAAGUUUUACAAAAAAAAGGCACACACAACAAAAAUUCAUUUCAGUCCUUUAUUUCUGUCGUGAAAAAUUCUUCUUUUUUUUUAUAAAUUAUCACUAAUUUUUGUUUUGAUUUAGCUAAAUCGAAACUAAUUAAAAUUUCGAUUUUAAAUUUAAUUUCUUUGGUUAUUUAUUUUUAAAAAUGGUGUCACGAACUUUGACUCUUCAUCGAAAAAUCGCAAUCGAACUUUUAAGGACUGUUACUAAAAGGAGGCCUACCUCGUUUUAGCAUUUCUAGAAGCGUUUCCAAUGUUCGAAAAAGAAAAAAAAAAUUCGGCAAAAGCGCACUAGAAUUUUGUAUAACGUGAUUUAUCUCUUACAAUUUUUAAAUUAGUGCUAAGUUUUUUAUAGAAAGUGAAUGAGAUUUCAUUGAAAUUUGCAUGAAUCCCACAUAAAAACUGAUAUACCUGUAUUCCUUUCAUUCUGUAACGAAAGAAAAAACUUUCUUUCUUUCGAAAAAACAAAUGAAUCGAAAAAAGUAAAAUUAUCACUUAAUUUUUUUUGAAUGUUUUUUUUUAAAAUUUUUUUCCCUAGAAUUUUAAUUUACAUAGAAACGUUACUCAUUUUCAUUCUACAUCUUCUCCGCAAAAUCAAAUUCAUUCACAAAAAUUAAAUCGCGACCAAAAAAUUAUGUGGCCUAAUUAAUUUUUCAAUUUUUAUUCUCCGUAAUGAAGAGAACACAUUUCAAUUUGAAUUUUUAAAUUUUUUUUGGCAAACUAUUAGAGAGUUAACUUGGAACAUGUAUCAAAAAAAAAAGAAAAUAUAUAUGAGACGGAUCAAAAAAAUUUUCUAGAAAAAAAAAUAGCACGAAUUCGAUCCAUAGAGUUAAAAAUGACUGAAUUUUAAAUUGAUUUUUAGGAAUAAUGAAACAAUCAUUAAAAAAAAGUUUAGUGUUUUUAAAUAUAGAAUAUAUUUCCCAAAAAAAAAAAAAAAAAAUACAUUCUCGCGAUUCAUUAUUAAGAGUCGAAGAAAAACUCCUUUAUCGACAAAGGAAAUGUAAAAUAAUUUAGUGUUUAAAUUUUAAAUUUUUACCAUUUUUAUGAUAUCGAGAAAUGAGAAAAAUGAGUAAAGAAUUUUUUCUUCUAACUCUUGUAAAAAAAGGAGAAGUUGUAAAUUAACCGAAUCCAAAUUUACCAAGAAAAAUAAACAAAUUUUCUAUAAAACUCUGUAAUUGUUUAAAAAUUACGGAAUUUUUGAACAAUUUGUUUUUUAAACAAAGAGUAAAUUGUCAAAAUCGAGAAAAAAGAAAUGGAUUCGGUUAUAAAUCAUUAAAUGUAAAAAAUAGUAGGUUCGACUAUAAACAGAUUUUAAAUUCAAAAAAAAAAAAAUUAAAUUUAAAUUCUAGAAGUAAAUUUAAAUAUGCUAUUAAAAUUACUAAAGAAAUAGAAAAUUUGAAUAAAAAUUAAAAAGAAUAUUUAAAAUUAAAUAUUUUCUUUUUAUAGGAAUACUUGUGAUUUUAAAUUUAAAGUCGAGCCUUCAAAAUAACCAUUUUCUUUGUUUAGUAUGAAAGAGUUAGGAUAGUUAUAAAACGUAUGUCAAUUGUUCUCCCUCAGAUAAAACUAUGCAUGCGUGUGAUGUGUGCGACGAAAAAUUAUUACCAAUGAAAUGCGAAUGGAAAGAAAAAAAUUUCUAAAGGGAAGAAAUUUUGUUCUCUAUUAUCACAGGGAUGAAAUAUUUCCCGAAAAAAAGAAUAUUCAUUUCAUUCAUUUGAUUAUGAAUAUAUAUAUAGAAGUGAAUAUAAGAUUAUUCGAAUAUAAGAAAUUAUGAAUUUAGAAAUUUGAAAUUUAAAAUUUGAAAUUAAAAUUUCAAAUAAAAUGAAAAAUAAUAAUUUUAUACUCUUUUUGACACAAAUUGAGAGUUUUUUUCAAUUAAAUAAAAUUAUUGUAAUUUUUCUUGUAAAUAUUUCUUCGUUCUUCAAAAAAUGGUGGAUUUUCUUUUUUAAAAAAAUGUCAGCUGCAAAAUAAAUGCAGUAUAGUGUGUGAAACGAAACGAACAAUCGUAUAAAAAAACAAGAAAUAACUCCCUCCAAUAGUUUUUAGUAAUUGAAAAUUAAUAAAUUAAAUUUAUUAAUUAUUAAUUUAAUUUAGUUAAUACUCAUCGUUGAAUUUUAAUUAUUAAUUAUUUUAUUGUAAAUUUUUUGUAAAUUUACAAUUGUAUUCGAAUUUUAUUCAGAAUGUCUUCCAGAAGGAAUUUAGAGAAAAAAAUAAUGAAAACAAAAUCGAUGAGAAUUUUUGAAAAGAAGUAUAUAUCUGCGCACACAUGCAAGUAUGUAUUUUAUUAAGAAAAAAAGCACAUUUUCCAUCUCGUAUAUCCGUGUGCUUAAAUAAAGACUUUAAUAUUUAUGAAUAUUAUUGAAAAUCUCGUCGUUUUUCCUACAACAUUUUUUGAAAUGAUCAAAACAUUUUCUAAGCAUCGAUUUAAAAAUGUUUAUAAAUUAUAUCAUGAUAUAUAAAAAAAUAACAAUUUAUAAUUGUAAUUCUAUUCAAUAUCAAUUUAAAAUUUAUAUAUAAAUGAGUUUUUGAGUUUUUUGAAAAGAACUGAUAACUACAUUUUCUACAUUCAAUGAAAGAAAAGUACUUUUUCAAACAAAAAGAUUUUCGAUUAAAAAACCAAAAAAAAAAAAAUUGUCUUGAACGAGAAUGUUUCUAGACAAUUUUUUUUUUUUCAAAAGUCGCAACAAGGAAUUAAUAUCGUGCACAAAGAAUUUAAAAAAAUUUAAUAUUAACACACUACGUCGUAAUAAAAAAAACGAACAAAUUAGAUUCACUUUCUAGAGUAUAUUUCGGUUUGCUUUUCAUUUUAUUUUUCCGAAAAUAUAAAUUUAAAAGAAAAUAAUAAUACUCGAGGUAUUUUUAUUGCUGUCCUAUUGUUUGCUCAAUUACAUCGUUAUUAUUAUAAUUAUAAAGCAUUAAAAAAAAGUCUAAUUGUGAAUUGACUUUGUACACUCGUCACUUUAAAUAAUUUUUAAUGGUAUCAAUUUACCUAAAGGCACAAUUUUUCUAGAAAAAAAAUUUAUCACAGAGUCACAACUGUACAGGAUUUCAGAAAGUUGAUCGACAACUUAGAUUUUAUAUAUCAAUUUUUUGAAACAAA